AUGUAUCCAGUACGGGCAUUGAAGCAACACUUGCACAGCAGAUGUGGGCUAUCAAGGUUCAGGCAAAGGCUGGUUCAUCUGGGCGAUAAUGCGGUUCUAGAUGACAACUGCACCUUGAGAGCCGGCGAAGUUCAGGUCGUUCUUCUUAGCUUUUGCCCAGUAUCUGAUGCGCAAGUGACAGUGCUUCGGGAUGCUGCAAGAAGCGGCCUGACAUCAGAAGUGGAGAAUCUUCUCCAGAGGCCACAAGACCCUGAUGCAGUAUGUUAUGGUCAUCCAACCCCACUGUUGGAGGCAUGCGGGCAUGGCCAUCUCGAGGUGACACGCCUUUUGCUGGAGGCCAAUGCUGAUAAGGACAAGGCCAAUUCGAUUGGCAUCACCCCUUUGUUCAUCGCAGCUCAGAAUGGACAGUUGGAGGUUGCGAGGCUUUUACUGGAGGCCAAUGCGGACGCGGAGAAAGCCACACAGAGGGGCAGCACCCCUUUGCACAUCGCAGCUCAGAAUGGACAGUUGGAGGUUGCACGGCUUUUGCUGGGGGUCAAUGCCGAUAAGGACAAGGCCAAUGAUAAUGACAUCACCCCUUUGUUCAUCGCUGCUCAGCAAGGACAGUUGGAGAUUGUACGGCUGUUGCUGGGGGCCAAUGCAGAUAAGGACAAGGCCAACAAGACAGGCACCACCCCUUUGUUCAUCGCAGCUCAGAAAGGACAGUUGGAGGUUGCGAGGCUUUUACUGGAGGCCAAUGCGGACGCGGAGAAAGCCACACAGAGGGGCAGCACCCCUUUGCACAUCGCAGCUCAGAAUGGACAGUUGGAGGUUGCACGGCUUUUGCUGGGGGCCAAUGCCGAUAAGGACAAUGCCAAUGAUAAUGACAUCACCCCUUUGUUCAUCGCUGCUCAGCAAGGACAGUUGGAGAUUGUACGGCUGUUGCUGGGGGCCAAUGCAGAUAAGGACAAGGCCAACAAGACAGGCACCACCCCUUUGUUCAUCGCAGCUCAGAAAGGACAGUUGGAGGUUGCACGGCUUUUACUGGAGGCCAAUGCGGACGCGGAGAAAGCCACACAGAAUGGCGUCACUCCUUUGUUCAUCGCUGCUCAGCUAGCACAGUUGGAGGUUGUGCGGCUUUUGCUGGGGGCCAAUGCCGAUAAGGACAAGGCCAAUAAGAAUGGCAUCACCCCUUUGUUCAUCGCAGCUCAGAAUGGACAGUUGGAGGUUGCGAGGCUUUUACUGGAGGCCAAUGCGGACGCGGAGAAAGCCACACAGAGGGGCAGCACCCCUUUGCACAUCGCAGCUCAGAAUGGACAGUUGGAGGUUGCACGGCUUUUGAUGGGGGCCAAUGCCGAUAAGGACAAGGCCAAUGAUAAUGACAUCACCCCUUUGUUCAUCGCUGCUCAGCUAGCACAGUUGGAGGUUGUGCGGCUGUUGCUGGGGGCCAAUGCAGAUAAGGACAAGGCCAACAAGACAGGCACCACCCCUUUGUUCAUCGCAGCUCAGAAAGGACUGUUGGAGGUUGCACGGCUUUUACUGGAGGCCAAUGCGGACGCGGAGAAAGCCACACAGAGGGGCAGCACCCCUUUGCACAUCGCAGUUCAGAAUGGACAGUUGGAGGUUGCACGGCUUUUGCUGGGGGCCAAUGCCGAUAAGGACAAGGCCAAUGAUAAUGACAUCACCCCUUUGUGCAUCGCUGCUCAGCAAGGACAGUUGGAGAUUGUACGGCUGUUGCUGGGGGCCAAUGCAGAUAAGGACAAGGCCAACAAGACAGAAACCACCCCUUUGUUCAUCGCAGCUCAGAAAGGACAGUUGGAGGUUGCACGGCUUUUACUGGAGGCCCAUGCAGACGCGGAUGAGAAAGCCACACAGAAUGGCGUCACUCCUUUGUUCAUCGCUGCUCAGCUAGCACAGUUGGAGGUUGUGCGGCUGUUGCCGGGGGCCAGUGCCGAUAAGGACAAGGCCAAUGAUAAUGACACCACCCCUUUGUUCAUCGCAGCUCAGAAAGGACAGUUGGAGGUUGCACGGCUUUUACUGGAGGCCAAUGCGGACGCGGAGAAAGCCACACAGAGGGGCAGCACCCCUUUGCACAUCGCAGCUCAGAAUGGACAGUUGGAGGUUGCACGGCUUUUGCUGGGGGCCAAUGCCGAUAAGGACAAGGCCAAUGAUAAUGACAUCACCCCUUUGUGCAUCGCUGCUCAGCAAGGACAGUCGGAGAUUGUACGUCUUCUGCUGGAGGCCAAUGCGGACGCGGAGAAAGCCACGGCGAAUGGCGCCACCCCUUUGAUCGUCGCAGCUUGCUAUGGACAGUUGGAGAUUGUACGGCUGCUGCUAGAGGCCAAUGCGGACAAGGACAAGUCCGAUCAGCAUAGUGGCGCCAAGAGUGGCGCCACCCCCUUGAUCGUCGCAGCUGGCAGUGGACACUUGGAGGUUGUGCGGCUUCUGCUGGAGGCCAAUGCGGACAAGGGCAAGGCCACUCAGGAUGGCACCACGGCUUUGUUGGUCGCUGCCGAGAAUGGGCAUGUGAAGGUUGUGCGGCUUUUGCAGCGCUGUAAAACCCUUGUCAAGGCCUUCUAG